AGUGUGCUUGCUCCUUGGGUGCCUGCCUCAUUGCACAUGUUCACUGGGCAUCUUCCCUUCGACUCCUUUGCCCACGUGGUGAAUGCUGCAGAGCUGUGAGAGUGUGAGGGUAGCAUUCCAGCUGUCUGGACUCUUUGUCUCCUACUGAGAUGCAGCCUGUAGGUCCACAGGCCAGUCCUCCCAGGAAUUGAAAUAGUGAAAUAUGAGUUGGCGAGGAAGAUCAACAUAUAGGCCUAGGCCAAGAAGAAGUUUACAGCCUCCUGAGCUAACUGGGGCUAUGCUUGAGCCCAGUGUUGAAGAGCCUAAAGAAGAGAGACCACCCACUGAAAGUCGGGAUCCUACACCUGAUCAGAAGAGAGAAGAUGAUCAGGGUGCAGCUGAGAUUCAAGUGCCUGACCUGGAAGCUUAUCUCCAGGAGCUGUGUCAGUCAAAGACUGGGGAUGAAUGUGGAGAUGGUCAUGAUGUCAAGGGGAAGAUUCUACCCAAAGUAGAGCACUUUAAAACGACAGAAGCAGGUGUUUUAUCCAUUAAGAUGCAAAAUUAUGUGAUUUCUAUUUUUUAUAAUAUUACAAUUUUGAUCAUAGAGAGAUAACAUUACUGCCACUUUAAUAAUAUGUUUCAAAUACACGCUUUUUUGAAAGGUAGUUCAGACCCCAAAUGCCUGACUGCAAGACUUAAACACUACCAGAUACAGACACAAAUUGGGUCAAAGCCAUAUUGAGUCAUCCAAUAUUAAAGCAUUUUCUUAUUUCUGAGUAUAACCAACAGGUAACAAUUCUCAGAUUCUUUUCCAAUUUCUACUUUUAACAAAUACAUAAUGCAUUUGUAAUACCAGGCUGUGUGAAAUAUGCUGAGCACUGAAGGAGAUUCUAGUAUCAGCCCUAUGAUAAUUUGUGAGAUUCUGGACAAAUUCCAUAAAUUCUACACCCAACUUUGCUAUUAUUGAAAAUGGUGAAUGCAAAUCAAAUGUAUUAAAAAUCCAUUUCA